CUGAGAUUGUCUUGUGUAAUGUGGCAUAUCGCCAUGUUGCAGGCUUUCAAUGUUCUUCGGUAUGAGAUUGGACAGAGAUAUGUUGCUCACUAUGAUGCAUUCAACCCUGCAGAGUAUGGUCCACAAAGCAGCCAAAGGAUUGCUUCAUUCCUGCUGUACUUGUCGGAUGUGGAGGAAGGUGGAGAAACCAUGUUUCCAUACGAGAAUGGUGCAAACAUGGGUGUUGGAUAUGAUUACGAACGCUGCAUAGGAUUCAAGGUAAGGCCACGCCAAGGAGAUGGACUUUUGUUCUAUUCAUUAUAUCCAAAUGGAACAAUCGAUAAGGUAACGUUUUUUUAUCAAACUAGAUUUUGUCUGUCUUGGUGUUCUUGCAAGUUUCUAUUUAAGGGUAGAAUUAGGCAACUUAGCAUCCGGAGAGACCGGUUAUGCAAAGUGAACUAAAGUUCCUAUGCUUUUUUGCUAGUGUGAAAAUCAAUCAAG